CAGAUCCUCUGUACCCCUCUCUCUCUGCCUCUCCCCCACUUGCACUGUCUCUCAAAAAUAAAAUAAACAUAAAAAAAUUAGGAAAAAAAAGGGAGACCCAUACAAUUUCACCUAGUUCUUAAGGGGUAAGUACAGGUAAGAAUAAGGGAAUACCUUACUUCCUUCAUGCAAGGAUAUUUGGGUUGUAGUAUUCUUUCAACUUUUAAAAUUAUAAACUUUUGCUCUUCCUGUAAGUGGCCCAAGGUGAUCUCUGAAAAUGGUUAGCUAUUCACAUGACCUGGAAAAGCCCACAAAUUCAUGCAAAUCAAGAGGUUCAAAUCUUCGUGUUCACUUCAAGAAUACAUGUGAAACUGCCCAGGCCAUCUAGGGUAUGCAUAUCCAAAAAGCCACCAAGUAUCUGAAAGCUGUCACUUUGCAGAAGCAAUGGGUGCCAUUCCAACGCUACAAUGGUGGAGUUGGUAGAUGUGCCCAGGCCAAACAGUGGGGCUGGACACAGAGUCGCUGGCCCAAAAAGAGUGCUGAAUUUUUACUGCACAUACUUAAAAAUGCAGAGAGUAAUGCUGAACUUAAGGGUUUAAAUGUAGAUUCUCUGGUCAUUGAGCACAUCCAGGUGAACAAAGCCCCCAAAAUGCGGCAUAGAACUUACAGUGCUCAUGGUCGGAUUAACCCAUACAUAAGCUCUCCCUGCCACAUUGAGACAAUCCUUACUGAAAAAGAGCAGAUUGUUCCUAAACCAGAAGAGGAAGUUGCACAGAAGAAAAAUAUAUGGCAGAAGAAACUGAAGAAACAAAAACUUACAGCCAAGAGUAAAUUAUGCAACAAAUAAAUGCAAAUGAAAGUAAAAACAGAACACUGGUUGUCUUUAUUAUUAAACAUAUUUCAAGUAUCCUCACAAAAUAGAUCAAAUAGGUUUUCUUCUGAUUAGAAUUAGAAACAGAUUAUUCUGUUAGCACUGUGCCACUAAUUUUGGUUCAUAAACAUGUUUUGAAAAA